AUGGCUCCCAACCCUGAAGAAACUUUAACUCAUCGAACCACCCUGAAAGAGGAAUCACUAAAAGAUUCAGGACGUGCACUACUUGCCAUUGACGGUAAAUGGUACGAUGUUACAAGCUUCGUGCCUCGUCAUCCGGGUGGAGAUAUUAUCAAAGAAUUUAUCGGUAAAGACGCUACGGAUGUGUUCUUUGCUAAUCAUCCGCAAGCAUUUGAAUUACUAAAGCACCGUAAACCUGUCGGCGACUACACCUCUAAGAAACCACCAUCAAAGGCUAUGCAAGAGUAUCGAAAUUUACUUAAAUAUUUUCUAGAAAACAACUAUUAUUAUCCGUCCAAUUCUUGGCUCUUACAGAAAUGGUCAGUGCCUUUUACUAUCUUGGCUGCUGUGAUCUAUGGGGUUGUUAAUAGCAAAAGCCUAUUCGUACAUUGUUUAUGCGGAUUAGGAUUAGCUUGGUUUUGGCAACAAUGCGGAUUUUUUUUACACGAUUUUCAACACAGUCAAAUCUUUAAAUCGCGAUUCUGGAAUAGAGUUGGUGGAUUUCUUUCCGGCACUGUUGCAAUAGGUAUUAAUAGCGAUUGGUGGAGAGAAGAACAUUUCGCGCACCAUAGUCUAACAAAUACUUUAGUUGAAGGUGUUGGGGUAACCGAUCCUCAAAUGACUGAAGAAGUUUGGGCUCAAAAUGAAAGAUUGUUACAAUUUUUCAAUACAAAACUUCAAAAAUUUUUUAUAAAAAUCCAGUGGUUGACCUUUAUUCCUUUGGCAGUUGUCUUUGGCCGCCCUGCAGUAAUUGUUGAUGCAUUCCAUUUAGAGACUCGUUGGUAUCAGUGGGUUGGACUACUAUUGCAUUUUAUAUGGACAGGUUUCUUAAUCAGCUUUCUCCCUAACUGGACACAUAUUGGACUUAUGUAUUUAUUUGCCUGCUUAGGAGAAGGUGUAUUGCAUGUGCAACUUAUUUUAAAUCAUUACUCUAAACCAUUUCAUGAUCGAGACGAAACCAUGAAUAUGAAUUUUUUUGAAUGGCAAUGUGAAACUUGUCAAAACAUUGAUAACCCUGAAUGGUUUGACUUUUUCCAUGGUGGCCUCAAUUUGCAUAUUGAACAUCAUCUAUUCCCUAAACUUCCUAGAAGCACGUACCGAGAGGUUCAGAAAAUGGUUAAAGAUAUUUGCAGACGUAACAAUAUUUACUACGAUGAAGUACCGUUCUUUCAAACUCUGUGGAAUACUAUCGCUAAUCUGAAAAGAAUCAGCGAGAAAAUAACAUUUAAAGAUAUCGUUAAAGCAAUGCGACCGUAA